AUGGCUCAAAACUCUGAAGCCUUUAAAACUUCUGAAGCUAAAGCUAGAGCAAGUAAUAUCUCUAAUAUUAACUUUGAUACUUUAUUAGAAAGAGAAUCACAAAGUGAAACAGAAUUAACAAGUGUUUUGGAAUCUGCAACUAUUAGAAGUUCAUCAA